UAAUGAUAUCAUUCAUACGCCUAGAACUGGCCAGCCCGACCAUAAUCAGUUAAUCACCUGUAACCGUAAGUGAGGAGGACUGAGAGAGUCGAAGAGGGAAACGUAGAAUUCGGACAUUGGGCUUCUUUUCCUCAUAUAAAUUCCCCCACUUCUUUCUUUUACCAUCAAAACCCUAAUUACAACUCCAAAGUUUCUUCCUUUAACGUCCCAACUUUAUCGCUAAUGGCUGAACAACAACAAGAUCAACUGCAACACAGAUCCGCCGGAAAGGUUCUCUGGUUCAAUGACCAAAAAGGCUUCGGAUUUAUUCGAACUGGCGAUGGAGGCGAGGAUCUCUUCGUCCAUCAUUCUUCAAUCAAAUCCAUAGGCUAUCGUAGCCUUGCUGAGGGCGAAUCCGUUGAGUUCACUAUCUCCGAAGGCAACGGUGGCAAGACUCAAGCUGUUGAUGUCAUCGCCGUAGGUGGCUCUGCCAUCAGUAAGAAGGACCGUCGCAGUGGUGGCGGUUGGAGAGGCGGAAACGAUCGGAGGAAUGGCACCGGCGGUUGCUAUAACUGCGGGGAUUUGAAUCAUCUUGCCAGAGAUUGUAGUAACAACGUUAACGAUGAUUACAAUCAUUCCCCUAGAGGCAAUGGCGGUGGCUCUUCUUGUUAUAAAUGCGGCGAGCCAGGGCAUUUUGCGAGGGAGUGUAGGAGAGAUAGCGGCGGCGCUGCUGGUGGUGGAAGUGGGAAGUGUUACAACUGUGGAAAAUUUGGGCACUUUGCUAGAGACUGUAACAGAAACAGUGGGGGAUGCUGUUUUACGUGUGGAGGGUUUGGGCAUUUGGCGAGGGAUUGUAACAGCAACAGGGGAACGGAAUGUUUUAAAUGCGGUGAGGCAGGGCAUUAUGCGAGGGAGUGUCCAAACCUGAAGGCUUUGUCUUAAUUGGGAACGAAAAGACAAAAGAAAAAAAAAGUAAAUAUUUCUCUUCUAUGUUUUGGGGUUCUAGAUCUUUUUUUGGGAGGUUAUACAUAAGUUUGUUCUGAAUUAUCCAGCUUCUUUUUUCCCCCUUUUUCCUGGAGAGAAUUUUGCCAGUUUUGGUACAUAGAUGAGCUGGUUCUGAUAAGGAUUUAGUGGUUAUUGCCUGUGAUUUGAGCAGCUUCUAUUUUCAAGUGUGAAUGAGUUAACGUUUUCUAUGUUCAUAUCUAUAAUGCAAAUUGUCUUCCAUUCAUCAUUUAUGUUCUGCAAUACGUUGUAGUCUAAACUUGGUGGAAUUUCAUGCUCCUUUUCUGCAAUAA